AUGGGGGCCCCUCGUAUGGGUACCCAGGGAGAAGAGGGGUCCCCUGGGGGCCCCCAUGGGGGCCCCCAGGGGGGCCCCCAUGGGGGCCCCUCUGCAGACGCAGCGGCAGAUCCUGUUGAGGCGUUUCUAUCUGAGGUGGCUCAGCUGCUGCUGCGGGGCCCCCAUAGUGCAGCAGCAGCAGCAGCAGCAGCAAAAGGGGUAUGGGAUUACGACUUGGGGGGCCUCCUCUCAGACUUCCUUCGCUUAACUGAAGAGGGCCUCAUAGAGAUGGAAAACCAAACCCUGCAGCAGUUCGAUGCUGCUCCUUGUCUUCUCCUGCCAGAGGCCCCCCCAGCGCUAACGAGAGAGGGGCCCCCGGGGCCCCAGGGGCCCCGGGCCCCCGACCUGGUGCUGCUGCCUGCAGUUCUGAGGGGAUCAGCAGCAGCAGCAGCAGCAGCAACAGCAGCAGCAACAGCAGCAACAGCAGCAGCAAAGGGGCAGCGAGAUCAUGCGGAGGCUGCAGGUCCCUUAGAGGGGCCCCCAGGGGCUCCUCCCGUUCGUACAGCAGAUGCAGCAGCAGCAGCAGCAGCAGGUGAAGCAGCAGCAGCAGGAACACCAGCAGCAGCAGCAGCAGCAGCAGCAGCAGAUCCCGAUGAAGACGCAAGAGCUACAUACAACGACCUGCAGGGCCUACGGGUAACUAGCUUGAAGGUGCACAGGGAGACAGGGGGCCUCCUCGUCAGUUCUUCUGAUGCAGCAGCCUACAGCGCGUUGGCUCAGGGGGGCCCCUCCUCUCGCGACAAGGGGGGCCCCCUUGGUGUUGGGGGCCCCCGGGGGCUUGGGGGCCCCCAUGGGGUUGGGGGGCCCCCCGCGCUGCUGGCGCUGCCUGCUGCUGAACAGGGUGCAGCAGACACCUGGGAGGAGUACCCAGACUUCUUUGCAGCAGCAGAUGAGGGGCCCCCCGCACACCAGCACAUUCAGGGGCCCCCCGAUGCUCUGCCUGCUGCAGCUGCUGCAGCACCUGCUGCUGCACCUGCUGCUGCAGCUGCUGCAGCAGCUAAAGGUUCUGCUGCGGGGCCCCCAUCUCCUCCGCCGCCUGAAGCCCCUGACUCCUGGGUUCAGGAGCUCUUGCGUGAGGGCAAGGGGGGCCCCCUUGGGGGCCCCCUUGGGGGCCCCUUUGGGGGGCCUCUUGGGGGGCCCCCAGGGGGCCCCCAAGGAGUAUUAUUUUCUUCUUCGUCUCGACAUGCUGCUGAGGUGUCUGCGGCAUUGGGCCUCCCUGAAGGGGUACAGCCAGCAGACGCAGGAGGGGCCCCUGGGGGCCCCCCACCCCACCGCCUCGCCUUUCUGAGCUUUCUAUAUGGGGCCCCCCUGGGGGCCCCCCUCUCUGCGCAUGCAAUAGGAGAAUUCCUGGGGGCCCUCUCUCUCUCUGCAAGGGUACAGCUCGAGCUGCUACUAACAAAACACACAAUAACAACGAGCCAAAGCAAAGUGGGAGGGGGGCCCCCAGGGGGCCUCACCGCCUCUGCCUUGCAGCAGCUGCUGCAGCGCUCCUCAGGCAGCAGCAGCACGGGGGGCCCCGGGGGCCCCCAGGGGCCCCCGGGGCCCCUGGGUACUGAGGAGGCCCCCAGGCGGAGGCCUCGCGACUUUCUGAUGAACCUGCCGAGCAGCUGCGAACAACCCAAAGAGAAUAGGGGCCCCGGGGGGGGCCCCCCUUGCAGGGCCCCCCCCGCAAGCAUCUUGGGGGCCCCCCUCGGCGACCCCUUGCUGCAUACCCCUGGGGGCCCCCUGCUGGUGCAUAGGGCCUCCACCCGCGAGGGUCAGGAGGCCCUCCUGAGGGGCCUCUGGUCUUUGCCGCAGCAGCAGCAGCAGCAGCAGCAGCAGAACCAGGGGGGCCCCCCUGCAGGCGGGGGGGCCCCCUCGGGGGCCCCCGCGGGGGCCCCAGGGUACAGCACGCUACCUGGGUACCCACCCGUAAGACUGCCGGGGGCCCCCCAUCGGCGGCUCCUCAGGAAGCUCUUUUGGCCCCCUCUCAACCAGCAGCAGCAGCAGCAGCAGCAGCAGCAGCAAGAACCAGGGGGGCCCCCCUGCAGGCGGGGGGGCCCCCUCGGGGGCCCCCGCGGGGGCCCCCAGCAGCAGCAGCAGCAGCAGCAGCAGCAGCAGCGGCUGCAGUGGUUGCACCGGUGGCAGUGGGCAGAUGAUUUGCUGCUGCUGCGGCUGAGGGAGUGCCUCGCAGCAAGAAGACAAGCCCUGAAGAUGCAGGCACGCUAA